CUGUUAGUUAGAAGCGUGUGCAGCCCCUGUGCUGCUCUGCCAGUCUCUCUCUCUCUCUCACACACACACACAGUCUGGUUGCAGUGAUGGGGGUCUCUGCUCUGCUCCUCUCUGUGCUCUCUCUGUUUGCAGUGAAUGCAGCUCUCGCUGACACUCCUGCGAACUGUUCCUACGAGGCUCUGCCUGGUACCUGGAUUUUCCAGGUGGGCCACCAAGGUCAGGGGAAAGACAUCAACUGCAACAACAUGGGUACUCCUGUGAAAAGUGUGAGUGUACAUCUCCGGAAGCUUGAUGUUGCAGAAGAUGAAUUUGGGAACAGUGGUACGUUCACCUUGAUUUACAACCAAGGUUUCGAAGUGAUUCUCGGCGACUACAAGUGGUUUGCCUUUUUUAAGUACAAAAAAGUGGGUGAGAACGUAACCAGUUAUUGCGAUGAAACACUCCCUGGAUGGGUGCACGAUGGACUUGGUCGGAACUGGGCAUGCUUUGUGGGCAAGAAAAAGUCUUCCCAAAAUAUCCAAACAAAUAUUGUACCCUCAGAUAAGCAUCUACUAAGGUUGUCACAAAGACUAUAUCAGCCUAAUGUGGAUUUUAUGAAAGCCAUAAACACUGUUCAAAAAUCAUGGACAGCAACAAUUUAUGAUGAGUAUGAAACGCUAACUAUAGGAGAUUUGACCAGACGGGCCGGUGGUCAUAGCUCAAGAAUUCCAAGACGACCUAAACCGGCAGCUGUAACUGAGGAGUUCCAAAAGCUUGCAGAGCAUUUGCCAGAAUCUUGGGACUGGAGGAACAUUAAUGGAGUAAAUUACGUCAGUCCUGUUCGUAAUCAAGGUGCCUGUGGCAGUUGCUAUUCCUUUUCCUCCAUGGGGAUGCUGGAGUCUCGUAUCCGUAUCCUAACACAAAAUAUGCAGACGCCAAUCCUCAGCACACAACAGAUCAUCUCCUGCAGUAAUUAUUCUCAAGGGUGUGAUGGAGGCUUUCCUUACCUGAUUGCUGGAAAGUAUGCCCAAGAUUUUGGUCUGGUCGAGGAGCAUUGCUUCCCUUACAUUGGAAAGGAUACUCCAUGCAAAAUGAAGGAGUCUUGCUACCACUAUUACGCUUCUGACUACUAUUAUGUGGGUGGGUUUUAUGGGGCUUGCAAUGAAGCACUGAUGAAGGAGGAGCUGAUAAAAAAUGGCCCAGUGUCUGUCGCUUUAGAAGUUUAUAGUGAUUUCCUGCAUUACCGUGGCGGAAUCUAUCACCACACUGGGUUAAGGGAUUCGUUCAAUCCCUUUGAGCUCACCAAUCAUGCAGUGCUACUGGUCGGCUAUGGUAGUGAUCCAUCUACAAAGGAGAAGUAUUGGAUAAUAAAGAACAGCUGGGGAGCACACUGGGGUGAAAAUGGUUAUAUCCGAAUCCGUCGGGGUUGUGAUGAAUGUGCAGUUGAAAGUCUUGCUAUUGCAGCUACCCUGAUCCCACAAUUGUAAGAGAUAAACAAGUCUGUUAGUAAGACAAAAUGGGACAGUGUGAAAUUAAUUGGAUCAAAUCAAUUACUUUUUUAAUCAUGCAGUGCAACAAAUCAUUUCUAUACACGUAAUGACGAUACAAAUGAUCUUUACAAACUUAAUUUUUAAAUGAAAUGAUUUUCACUCAGAACGAGGACUGAAUGGCUUUUCUAUACUCUUAGAAUUUCUUAAAAUUUUUGUGCUUCUGGAAGGUUUGUUAAUUGUUCGAAGUGGCAGUAUCCAGUUUAUGGGGGUGGUGGACAGUUCCUUUCAUCAAUGAAAAACUCUGUGGAGAUUUUGUUUUAUUCAGGUGAAAACUCAUAAUGGUAAAUGAAAUUAUUUUCUUCAAAAUUAAAUUCAGCAAAAGUUAUUUCCUAUGAUAAAUUCAUUCAGGACAGUGAGAAUCAUUGGUCUUGCACUUUUAAAAGUACCUUGGGUGGUUCUAAAGAUUUAGCUAUCCCUCUAGUGCUGUAAAAAUACUCCCAACUGCUUAAUGCAGUGUGUUUUAGUAAGGAUACCUCUGUGGUUUGCUGCAUUGAAACAUGCACAUGCUGGGAAUUCUUAUCAUUCUAAAAUGAAAUCUUAGNUUUUUUUAAAAAGCAGAAUCUUAUCUACCUACUAUCCUUUUAAGGACAAUAUAUUAGAAGCCACAAAUAUACAUGUUAAUUGAAAAAAGUGAUUUGCUCAUCUUGACUGCUAGCCAUAUUUCAAUUUUAGAUUAUCACUUCUGGCUAGUUGUGGUGCUUUAUGCUUUUUUUAAUCUAGGUUUUAGGAUUAUGCAAAAUCAAGAAUAUGUAUGUUGUAAAGGAUAUCCACCUAAAAAUAGAGGAAGACGAGGCAUUUUGAGUUGCUUGUAUCUGUAAGAUGCUUUGAAUUUCUUUAAAAGGGAGCAAGUUUGCAAUGAUCAGAGGUGCAAUACUACAGAUUUGUAAACUACUUUCCUAUAGCAUAGCCUAGUUAUCAAAUAACAGUUCCUUAAGGAUGAACUCUACACAAUAACUCAGUCAUUCACAGUAAAUCACAUUUGCCUACAAUUUGGAAUAAAAUGGAUGGACUAAUACGAAUUAGCUGAAGUGAGCUGAGUUCUCAGAAUAGAGAAAUAGAUUUAAAUAGAGCUUAAUGAUUCCUGAAAAUUGCAUGGAGAGUCUAUGAUUACUUGACCCCAGUCAGUGGGUUCAGAUUUACUUGACGGCUUUUUAUCUCAUUGUUUAAUUUGUGCAUAAGCAACGUUUGAAAAUGCAGAAUAGAGCAACGAAUUUAUCCUGCGUGUUCUGGCUUUGUAUUUUGUAUGUUGCUGUCUUUUUCAAAACUGCAGGAAUGUCUGCAGGUGAGUGUACACAAGAACUAAUCAAUAAGAAAAUGAUAAUUGCAAAUUAAAAUCCCUUGAUUAAAUUCCAUGGAAUAUUUUACACAAUUUAUUUACUAUUAUGUGUUUCAAACAGAAACCCAAAUCAAUUAAAUGACUUCUGCACUCUGAUUCCUUCAAAUCAUUGUAUUGUCUGGUUAUUGCUGCAGUGCAGGCUUUUCACAGGAGGGGGGGAAAAAAACAUCCAUAACAUCCUCCAGCUUGCUAGCAAUCCUAUGUUAUGUGUGUGAUGCGAAAAAUCAAUGCUAUGUUAAUGUUUUCGCAAACAAUUUUCUGAUCCAAAGUGUAACUUGGUGAUUUUACAAAACUGCCGUCAACACAAUAAAAAUGUUUGUGUGCAUGUGA